UCACCCUGCAAUUUUAGCCACACCCUGUUUAUGCCUAAUCUGGUAGAUUUCGUGGGAAGUCCGGCAACUCGGUUUCUUGUUAAUCGGCGAUUUGUCUUUAUUUUUGUAAAGCAAAAAUGUUGGAACGUUUUGCGUUCUGUGACUAGAAGUGACUAGGUUGGAACUGAACACACUGCUGUUGUGAAGUGGGGAGGACAAAUAAAAUUUAUUUUUGUCACGGAAGAUGUGUAGGAGAUGAUAGCUGAACCUGAAAUACCCACAGAAUUUCAUCUCCCUCAGGAGACUGAAACACAUUUCUCCUCUGAUACUGAUUUUGAAGACUUUGAUGGAAAAACUUACAAUCCAACCAAGGUGAAAGGCACUUCAAGUAAAAAAGCAAAAAAGGUUUCCGGAGAGAAAGGAAAAAGUGGAAAUGGUGCAAAAUCUGCAACAGGCAUGAACCGGAUGAAUGGACAUCACCAACAGAAUGGGGAAGUGGAAAACAUGAUGCUAUUUGAAGUUGUAAAAUUGGGCAAGAGUGCAAUGCAGUCUGUUGUAGAUGACUGGAUUGAAUCCUACAAGCAUGACCGGGAUACAGCACUUCUGGAUCUCAUUAACUUUUUCAUUCAGUGUUCGGGCUGUAAAGGUGUUGUAACUGCUGAGAUGUUCCGUCAUAUGCAGAACUCUGAGAUAAUUCGUAAGAUGACAGAGGAAUUUGAUGAGGACAGUGGUGAUUACCCUCUUACAAUGCCUGGUCCGCAGUGGAAGAAAUUCAAGUCUAGUUUCUGUGAAUUCAUCUCUGUGCUUGUAAGGCAGUGUCAAUACAGUAUCAUAUAUGAUGAAUACAUGAUGGACACUGUUAUCUCCUUGCUAACUGGGUUGUCAGAUUCCCAGGUUAGAGCGUUUAGACACACCAGCACAUUGGCAGCUAUGAAGUUGAUGACAGCGUUAGUAAAUGUGGCAUUAAAUUUGAGUAUUAACAUGGACAACACUCAACGGCAAUAUGAAACUGAACGGAAUAAAAUUAUUGGCAAAAGGGCCAAUGACAGAUUGGAGCUCCUAUUGCAGAAGAGAAAAGAGCUUCAAGAAAAUCAGGAUGAAAUUGAAAAUAUGAUGAAUGCCAUUUUUAAAGGAGUGUUUGUACAUCGAUAUCGUGACGCAAUCUCUGAGAUAAGAGCAGUCUGCAUUGAAGAGAUAGGGGUAUGGAUGAAAAUGUAUAGCGAUGCCUUCUUAAAUGACAGUUAUUUGAAGUAUGUAGGGUGGACCAUGCAUGAUAAGCAAGGGGAAGUGAGACUAAAAUGUUUAACAGCCCUACAAGGUCUCUAUUACAACAGAGAGCUCAUUCCUAAACUUGAACUUUUUACAAGUCGUUUCAAGGAUAGAAUUGUUUCCAUGACUUUAGAUAAGGAAUAUGAAGUUGCUGUGCAAGCCAUAAAACUUCUUACUCUUGUUCUGCAGGGAAGCGAUGAUGUCCUUACCUCCGAGGACUGUGAAAAUGUUUAUCAUUUGGUUUACUCAGCUCAUCGACCUGUCGCUGUGGCAGCAGGGGAAUUUCUUUACAAAAAGCUUUUCAGUCAGAAAGAUCCUGAAUCUGAUGAAGGGGCAGUAAAAAGAAAAGGAAGACAAAGUCCAAAUGCAAAACUUAUCAAGACACUGGUGUUUUUCUUCCUAGAGAGUGAGCUGCACGAGCAUGCUGCUUACCUUGUGGAUAGCAUGUGGGAUUGUGCAACGGAUUUGCUCAAAGAUUGGGAAUGCAUGGCUAGCCUUCUUUUGGAAGAACCACUCAAUGGAGAAGAAGUGCUGACUGAUAGACAGGAGAGUGCACUUGUUGAAAUUAUGCUGUGCACAAUACGGCAAACGGUAGAGUGCCAUCCUCCAGUUGGCAGAGGUUCAGGUAGAAAGGUAUUGACUGCAAAAGAGAAAAAAACUCAGUUGGAUGACCGGACCAGAAUUACAGAACAGUUUUCAGCAGUCCUUCCACAGCUCUUAGCAAAGUACGCUGUUGAUGCAGAAAAAGUGACGAACCUUUUACAGUUACCGCUGUUUUUUGACUUGGAGAUCUAUACAACUGGUCGACUAGAAAAGCACUUGGACUCAUUGUUGAGGCAGCUGAAAAAUAUUGUAGAAAAACAUGUGGACACUGAUGUCUUAGAGGCUUGUUCAAAAACUUACCAUGCUCUCUGCAAUGAUGAAUACACAAUAUUCAACAGAGUGGACAUCUCAAGGAGCCAGCUAAUUGAUGAACUGGUAGAUAAAUUCACUCAUAUGCUUGAAGAUUUCUUGCAAGAGGAUGAAGAACUUGAUGAAGAUGAUGCUUACCAGGUCCUGUCCACAUUGAAAAGGAUCACUGCCUUUCACAAUGCUCAUGACCUUACAAGAUGGGACUUGUUUGGCAGCAACUACAAACUGCUGAAGAUUGGUAUUGAAAAUGGGGAUAUGCCAGAACAGAUUGUCAUUCAUGCACUACAGUGCACUCACUAUGUUAUCCUUUGGAACCUAGCCACUGUUUCUGAAGGCAGUUCAACAAAGGACCAGCUAAUAAUGUUACGAAAACAGAUGCGAGCUUUUUGCCAGCUCUGCCAGCACUACCUGACGAAUGUUAAUACAGCUGUUAAAGAACAGGCUUUCACUAUCUUGUGUGAUAUUCUGAUGAUUUUUAGCCACCAGAUUGUGUCAGGUGGGCGUGAAGUACUGGAACCUCUGGUUUACACUCCAGAUUCGUCUCUACAGUCAGAGUUGCUCAGCUUCAUCUUAGACCAUGUAUUUAUUGACCAGGAUGAAGACAGCCACAGUACAGAUGGACAUCAAGAUGAUGAAGCUAGUAAAAUUGAAGCUUUACAUAAAAGAAGGAACCUUCUUGCAGCUUUCUGUAAAUUAAUUGUAUAUAAUGUGGUGGACAUGCAUACAGCUGCAGAUAUUUUUAAACAGUACAUGAAGUAUUACAAUGAUUAUGGAGACAUCAUCAAGGAAACUAUGAGCAAGUGCAGACAAACUGACAAAAUUCAAUGUGCAAAGACCCUCAUACUUAGCUUACAGCAGUUAUUUAACGAGUUGGAACAAGACCUUGGACUUAACUUUGAUCGAACAGCUCCUGGUUUUAGUGGAGUUAAGGAACUUGCUCGACGUUUCUCACUAACGUUUGGCUUAGAUCAGCUAAAAACCAGAGAAGCCGUAGCAAUGCUACACAAAGACGGCAUCGAUUUUGCUUUCAAGGAACCCAAUGUAAAUGGAGAAGGAUAUCCUGCUGUGAAUUUAGCUUUUCUUGAUAUCCUAAGUGAAUUCUCUUCUAAACUUCUCAGACAAGACAAGAGAACACUCUAUGUUUACCUCGAGAAGUUUAUGACUGAGCAAAUGAUGUUGCACAGGGAAGAUGUGUGGCUUCCAUUAAUAUCAUAUAGAAACUCCUUACUCACUGGUGAUGAUGAUACAAUGUCUGUUGUCAGUGGAAUUAGCAGCAGAGGCUCUUCUGUCAGAAGCAAGAAAACAAAACCAGCAACAGGGAAACGAAAAUUACCUGAAGCAGAGGAAAGCAAUGAUGGAUCAUGGAUCAGCAGAGAACAUAGUCUGCAGUCACCACUCAUGAUGCAAACUCCACAGUUGACUUCCACUGUUAUGAGAGAGGCGAAGAGGCUGAGGCCUGAAGAAGAAAGUUAUAUGGGGGUAUACCAAAUGCCACAACAACAUCAACCUGCUGUGGACUACAAUAGUCAGAUGUCCUGGUUGAUUGCCCAGAGACAACAAGAAGAAGCAAGGCAACAAGAACGAGCUGCAAUGAAUUACGUCAAAUUAAGAUCAAAUCUGCAACAUGCCAUUCGACGUGGUACGGGUUUGAUGGAGGAUGAUGAAGAACCAAUAGUGGAAGAUGUAAUGAUGUCAUCAGAGGGUCGUAUUGAAGAUCUUAAUGAAGGCAUGGAUUUUGACACCAUCGACAUUGAUCUGCCACCAUCCAAGAAUAGACGUGAAAGAAAUGAAUUAAAACCAGAUUUCUUUGACCCUGCCUCAAUAAUGGAUGACUCGGUCCUUGGAGUUUCAAUGUUCUGAGAAAAUGUCAUUUUAUGAAUGAUAUCAGAGGUAGUUUUAAAAGAAAUAUUUUGGUUAAUGCAGUUAAACUAUUAAAACUGUACAGAUUUUCUCCUUUCAGGAGAAUGCUUAAUGGAGUUGUUCACUGUUCACCUAGAUUAAGUGCUUUGAAGAGGCAGUUUGUUGCCUGAUAAAUUGAUAUUUUAAGAGACUGUAAAAUUAUGGAAGCAAGUUAAAUUCCUUCCAGUAGUGCCACUGUAUUGUGUCUCUGAUUAAAUGAGCUUGGUGUAGUAUGUUUGAAAGUUUCUCUAAACAAUUAUUUGACUUGAUAGAGUUUGGGAAUAGGGAACUAAAUUUUAAAUAAAAAAUAUAUAUAUGAUUGGUGCUGAUUUUAUAAUUGCGAAUCUUGUUCAGUUUUUCAUACUUUGAAAUUCCAAACAAAAGGACGAGGUUUAAAAAUUAUAAUAAAAUUAACAGCGUCUAAAAUAGCAUGGAUAUUCAUGCUUAAGUAAUUUUUAAAUUUGUAUUUUAUAUUUUAUUCACAUCUGUCUUUGCAAGCAAUCUUCAGGUUAAAUGAACUACAGCUGGUCAUAGUACAAUUUGUUUUAAUAAUGUAAAAUAGUUUGAAGAUACUAGACACCAAGAAAAUUACCCAUUUAUGUUAUUCCUUAAAUUUGGGUUCAUGUUUUUAAUUUUUAUGGUAAAUUUUCCGUCAUAAUUAUAAAGUUUCUAAUAACUCAUAGAACGCUUUUCAACAUUGUUCUGCAGUACUCUGGCAGCUGGUUAUUUUAUCAACUCUAUGUUGACAUUAACUUAUAAUAAAAAAAAUGUACAUGACACUUCUUGCCGGUCUUCUUUCAUCUAUUAAGUAUUUUCUUUAAAUCAUUCCAUGCCUUAAACUGCUUGCAGUACAUAACCUCUGAACUCCAAUUGCUACAAACUCUUCUUUUAUUUCAAUUGGAUGAAUACUUGGCUUUAUUUGCCAAAAAUAAAAACUUGGCUAUUGCAUCAAAUUUUAUUAUCAGUUCAUUAGAUAUGCCAUGAAUAAAUGGUUGUCUUCUGAAGACUAGUUUGCUUUUACACACUUUAAGAACAUUGCUCAUAUUUGGCAGUACUGCCUUUAGUGUUCCUUACACCACUGCGUUAAAGAACUGCUGAGGACUGUAUAUAUGAUUUUUAAAAAUCAGUGAAAGCAGACUUUUCUACUUUUGAAAAAAAAGUUUGUUUCGUUGUUAAGGCAGUUCUUCAAACUGUAUGUUUUCAACCAACUGAAAUGUUUUAUAUUUACCUUAUCCUGUUGUCCUCCAUAUUUUGUUGUUCAUUGUACUGUUCUGAUUUGUAUUUAUGUCAUGAAACAGUAACUUUUUGAAUAAAAUUUAAACCUA